UCCCAUUUCACAUGGACCGUCUUUUUCCGUGGCACUGCUAAAGACAUUCAUUACGAUACUGAAUGAAAGCUUCCUGUUUUCUUCUGUAUAACCACCGAUUUUGGAAAACUCACUGCCCGCCUAAUCUCCCAUACCACUCAUUCUUCUAAUAAACAUUUCUGCCUUUCAAUUCAGAGACCAUAAUGGACUAUUCCCCGGCCCCAGAUGAUCAAACGGCGCAGUCAAGCAUGAACGAAGAUAGAGGACCGCUCCUCAUCGGCAUGAGCGCUAGUUUUCUCGCGUUCACACUCAUAUUUGUAGCGCUUCGCGUCCAUGUCCGAGCUGUUCUGAUGAAGAAAUGGGGGGCGGAUGAUUCUUUUGUCGCUAUCUCAUACAUCCUGGCGCUGUCCACGGGCGUCGUAUUUGCUAUAGGCACAACUACUGGCCUCGGAAAGCAUGCUUGGGCACUUUCAGAAGACAUCAAUCAAGCAGGCAUCAGAUCAAGGUUGGUGAUAUCGGCAACGUUGUGCUACCACCUCACGUUCAUCGUGGUCAAAAUGGCUUUCCUCCUGCAAUAUCGUCGAGCCUUCAUCCUCCCUAAAUUCAUAUUAUUUUGUGACAUCAUGAUGGGCUUCAUCGGCAUGUUCGGCAUCGCGCUCUUCGUCUCAGCUAUCGUGGUCAACACUCCCAGGUGGAGAAGGGAGACAGACUCGCAAGCAAGUUAUAAUCAGGGUGUGUGGUGGAUGGCCACUGCCAGUGUGCAUUUGGUGACCGACAUCAUUAUUUUUCUGAUGCCUAUUCCUAUGCUCGGCAAGUUGAAGUUGAAGCCGAUGCAGAAAGCUGCCCUGUAUGUCAGUUUCGGGCUUGGCUUUGUCACAACGUGUAUUUCCAUUGUCAGAAUGUCCACGCUCCCACAUGUGUUCACAAGGGACACAUCAUGGGAUAUCAUUCCAGCAUUGAUCUGGUCCGAGGCCGAGCUCUGUUGCGCCGUCAUUUGUGUUUGCAUACCGACCCUUCGGCCUCUCUUAAUUAUCUACAGGUUGAACCAACCGCACUAUUCGUACAAUGCUCAGACGACCGAGCCAAGCAUUAAAGCUUACUUUAAACAGAAGCCCCUGAACGGGGGUACGUUUGGGAGUUAUAGCCAGCAGAGUCUUCCGAUUCCGAUGUUUGUGGAUGUGGAGUCGAAUAAUCCAGAGCCGAAAACACCAUCUGGUGCUGCCUUCAACGAAAACCGCCUUUCAGUAAUGGGAUAUGCUAGUUCCGCCUUGACAGCUGGGGAUUCGGACGACGGUUCUGAUGAGUUUGCGCCGGUGGAUGUGGAAGUUGCAACACCGUUGAGCCCACCACCGCAAUGUUAUGCCGGUCCAGCCAGGCUUCUUCCACGAUCUCAACCGUCGCCAAUUGAGGAGUGAAUCACACCUUAGAUGCGCUUCAUUAUUAGACGAUUGUUUUGGCAACUCAAUCUCCAUUUGGGGCUAGCAAGGCGCCAGAGUUAUGCAGCAAUCCAUACUAGCAAAGACGCACCAAGCAUGUACUCUAUAGUUAGCGACGAGACAUGCCGGCCGCCAGGCAAUCUGGAUAGUCAGGCCUUUAAGCCAUGGGGUAUUAAGCCAGCUUCAAGUAAGCAUGUACCACUCGAUGGGCUCCUCAUGGUAAGGGCUCUCAUUGCUUAUAAGCAAUGUGACUUGGAAUAUUCUUCAUGACCCAAGCUGGAUGGUUUAAAACAGCUUGCGAUGAACCGUAGCUUAUACCUGCUCGAGGGACCCAAGGGUGAUCCUUGAA